AUGGGUCUGUCAAUGUCCAGUCUUUGGUCCUCAAUAUCCUCUCUCGUUCACUGGGGAAAAGAACAAGAUGUCCGGAUAUUAAUGCUCGGUCUAGACUCGGCGGGCAAGACGACUAUAUUGUACAGGUUACAGAUUGGCGAAGUCGUGUCAACAAUACCAACGAUUGGGUUCAAUGUUGAGACUGUACAGUACAAAAACGUCAAAUUCCAAGUCUGGGAUCUAGGUGGUCAAUCAAGUAUUCGGCCAUAUUGGCGGUGUUACUUCCCAAACACCUCUGCAAUCGUCUACGUCAUUGAUUCUUCCGACGUUACCCGUCUACCCACUGCGCGCUCGGAACUGCUCACAAUGCUCUCCGAGGACGAGCUCAAUGGCGUACCACUGCUUGUUUUCUGCAAUAAGCAGGACGUCGAAGGUGCUCUGAAACCUGAGGAAAUCAGUGAGCAGCUCGGGCUCGCUGGUGGGGAAAAGGAGCGGCCAUGGAGUGUGAGGGGGAGUUGUGCAUUGAAGGGCGAUGGCCUGGAGGAUGGCUUGGACUGGUUGGUAAGCGCCAUUCAGAAACAAUAG